CUUUCAGUUUCUUCAGACACAACAGAAAACAAAAACAAAUAAUCUUCAGGUGCUUCAACGCUUAUCCACAAUGCAUUACCCUAACAACAGAUCUGAUUUCGUCGGAGCUCCAGCUUCUGAUCACGAGUCGACCCGGAACAGGUAUCAGCAAAAGGAGCAGUUGUCAUCGGAGCAAGAGCUCUCGGUUAUAGUCUCCGCCUUGCAACACGUUCUCUCGGGAGGAACAGAAGCGACGCCGAAUCAGGGAUUCUCUAGCAAUAGCACAGUGAUAAGCGCGGGGAUGCCUCGGUCCGUUUCAGACACGUGCCAAGUGUGCAGGAUCGAUGGUUGUUUAGGCUGUAACUACUUUUUCGCGCCAACUCAGAAAAUUGAAAAGAAACAAGUAGUAGAAGAAGGGGUUACUAGUAAUAGUAGUCGAAGAGAGAGCUCGGUGGCGGCAGCCACGGGGAAGAAAGCGGAAGGCGGGAAAGUAAGGAAGAGGAAGAACAAGAAGAAUGGAUACAGAGGAGUGAGGCAGAGACCUUGGGGGAAAUUCGCAGCUGAGAUCAGAGAUCCCAAGAGAGCGACACGUGUCUGGCUAGGCACUUUUGAAACAGCAGAGGAUGCCGCUAGAGCCUAUGAUAGAGCAGCUAUUGGAUUCCGUGGGCCAAGGGCUAAACUAAACUUUUCCUUUCUCGAUUACACUUCAACUACUACUACUGCUUCCUCUGUUCCUGCUGAAGAUGUNNNAACGAAUGCAAGUACGAGCGUAAGCGCAGCGGAGUCUGUGGAAGCAGAGCAAUGGCGUGGAGAUGGAGGAGUAGACUGUGAUAUGGAGGAGUAUUUGAGGAUGGUGAUGGAUUUUGGGAAUGGUGAUUCUUCU